GUGUGUGUGUGUGUGUGUGUGUGCGUAUGAGCGUGUGUGUGUGUGUGUGUGUGUGAGAGUCGGUCAGAGGGUGUGGGUCGAGAUCCUCUCAACACGCGCCUGCACAGAAAGAUAACGCCAUGCGUUUACAGGAGAUAUACCCUGAUGGAGCUCAGUGACUGAUUAUCUGUCCCAGCCAAGAGAGUCCGAUGGCGUGACAGAGACAAGCUGCUCAGCGCUGGAGAGAAAGCAGCUUUAGGUCAUGUGCUCAUUAGCUGCUGUAUAAAUGUGACUGGCAUCCUUCUGCCCCAUUUGCAGCAGCCGGCUGUGUGAAGAAGACAGUGAUGACAGACCAGGAGACGCUCGAUGUGGGCGAUCCACCUCCAGCAUACAUGAUCUUCCUGCUGGUGUUUCUCUUCUUCAUCACGGGCCUUCUGGGAUUCCUGAUCUGUCACUGUCUGAAGAAGAAGGGCUACCGCUGCGAGCUGGAGGAGGAUGAAGAAAACCGUGAAGACAAACUGGGGGCAGAGCAAGAUGAUGAAUCAGAAGACAGUCAAGACACAGUGGAACAAAUCCUGAAAUGCAUCAUUGAGAAUGAAGCCAAUAUGGAGGCUUUCAAAGAGAUGCUGGUUGGCCAAAAUGUUUGCGAACAUCUCGAUCCACGCAGCUUGCGUCACAAAGAUAGCGUCGGUGGUCUUCCCCUUCACCAUCACACCGUUCAUCUGGGAGGCGAGAUCAGCUCGUGUGUUCACUGUAUGCAGAGUCACGUGUUAAAAACACGCCGCAGGAGCCGAGUGUCUCGAAGCAGAGCCCGGCUGGGAGAGCAGACCGUGUUUUCUGUGGGCAGAUUUCGUGUCACUCACAUGGAGAAGAGGAACAGCCUGCAGGGUUCGAUGAAUCUUCCUACACCAAAGCCUGGAAACACAUCGAAUGACACAACAAUCUCAGACAGCAGGACGGGUAAUAAAGACACUUCCAAAAAACCUCAGGAGGAAUACAACAUCCGCAACAUGUUCAAAGAAGCUGGAGCCGUGAAAGGCAAAGUCCCGAACCUCGGCAAAUGCAAGAAAAGCGUGACACUGCUGGGCUUCUAUAAGGCUGGUAAUGCUGUGGAGACUAAAGCAGGACAGGAGGUGUUUGUGGAGGACAAGGAGGAGUCGAGCACCGCCGAUCAGUUAUCUGAAUGCUGGAGCUCUGGUGCAGCGUCUCCCACAGAUCCCACCAAAACCGCUUUAGAUGAAAACUCAAAUAAAGCCUGUGGGAGUCAGUUACAGGAGACUCUGAGAGAGAGCAGCCCAGAGAACCAGAAGACUGAUGAAGCCACUUUAAAUGAGAAACCACAGGACAAAAUAAUUGUUGGUGAUGGUUCUAAUGGCAGCUCUAGGUUUGCUGUGGUACGGACUGUGGAAGAGACUAUCAUCACACCCGCAGCUAACACAGACAACAGAGAUGAUACGACAACACAUGAUGACCUUAAGACUGGACAAGUUAGUCAGGAGAGUAUAGACAAUCAGCAAUAGACCCACAAACAUAACAUCAUAAGAUAACUUACUUAUAAUUUGCCACAACACUGCUUUUACCAGUAAUACACUUUAUAUGUGAAUUAAUUGCAUAUUAAAUCUAUAUAUGAUGGGCCUAAUUGAAAAGCAAUAUAUUAAAAUAGCCUAUAUUGACAAUUUGGUGGUUUUCCGUUCACAUCUUUACAAAGCAGCUUCAACAGCUUCAACACAGCUGAGUGCAGUGAGUACAGCAGCUCCCUCCACACAGGUCAGGUCUCUCCAAACCGGCUGAUGUUAGCUAUGUAGAAACAGGGUCAGAUCGUACUAUGUGAGGUUGUGGCUGUUAAAAGAAUACAACAGAGAUAGAGAUAAGAAUGUUGCAUUUAUAAUAUCCUCAUUCAUCUUUAAAACAACACAAUAAAAGCAGGAAAAUGUAGGCUGUUAAAAGCGAAGAGUUCAUUGCAUCACACCCUAAAGCAGCCCUAAAGGAUCCUAGUGUGUUGGAAGUGUAUAUACAGUCCAACAAAAUGAUAAUCCAGAGCCUUGAUGCUU